AUGUUAGCCACAACAAUCUCCAAUGAAAAAAGCUAUACAACAAAACAAGUCAUCAGUAAGGGAAAAUUUACACUGGACGAUGCCGUAAAUGAAGUUGAGAAGUCCAAUACAGAGACUAAAGAGGAGUCCGAUGGCCUGAAAGAUGGGCUUGAAGCACCAAAAGGCUUUACGCUAAUCCUUAUCAUAUUCUCGCUUUGUCUCACACAAUUCCUUCCAGCACUGGACACUACAAUUGUGUCCACAGCGCUGUCGAGCAUCACCCGAGACCUGCAUGCCACUGCUGCAGAGUACACUUGGGUCUCCGCAUCCUACACAUUAGCGUCUACGGCAUGCACACCCUUGUGGGCACGCUGCUCAGACAUCGUAGGUCGUAAGCUGCUGUUGGUUGUCGCUAAGCUCUGUUUUAUGGGCGGCAGUGUGCUUGCAGCUCUUAGCAAGAGCCCUAUCAUGAUGAUUGCUGGAAGAACAAUACAAGGAUUAGGGGCUGGAGGCAUGCAGAUAUUCAUACAACUGAUCAUUGCAGACAUAUUCCCACUUAAGCUCCGAGCGAAGUAUUACGGAUUACAUCAACCUGCCAUUUGCAGGACUAUCCCUUUUACUUCUAAUCUCUAUCACAAAACUCAAUACGAAAAGGCAAAAAUCAGCAACGCUUUUAAGACAUUCGACUGGGGCGGCUCGAUUCUCAUUGUGGGUGGGACAAUAUUAUUGCUCUGUGGCCUCGAGGGUGGAGCCAGCUUGACCUAUUCCUGGACCUCAGGGUACACGCUAGGGCUUUUACUUUCUGGCGUAGUUGCUUUAACGAUAUUCAUACCUUACGAGUGGAACAUCCCUAGUUUGCCACUAAUACCGCUCGCAGUGUUCCAAGGAAGAUCGAAACUGGCCAUCUUGUCAGCAUCCUUCGCCCAUACAUUCGCAUUCAUUGCCUACGACUUCUUCCUUCCACUAUACUUCCAAGCCGUGCUUGGGGCGUCGCCUUUACACUCUGCUCUCUAUCUUCUGAUAUUGAUUGUGACAAUGUCGGCCGUUGCAAGCGGUACAGGCAUCUUCAUCAAAUGUACCGGUAGAUUUCGAGAGCCUAUGUGGUUCGGCUCGAUGGUUAUGACACUUGGUACUGGCCUGUUCAUAAAUUUCGGAUCGACUACGGAGUGGCCGAAGUUGAUUGUGUAUCAGCUCCUGGCUGCUUUGGGCGCUGGUACAAUGUUCAUAAGUCCCAUGAUCGCCAUGCAACAUCACCUACAUCCCACAGAAAUUUCAGCUGGAAUAUCUGCAUACACAUUUCUUAGAAGCCUUGGAAGCGCAGUUUCAGUCGUAUGUGGAGGCGUUGUGUUGCAAUCGACAAUUCACACAAAUACCCUAAGCACAUGGGCCGUCGACAAUGUCGGCCACCUACCAACACAUCCCGAUAUCGACCGUUAUGCUUCAGGCUUUUCCAAACUCUGGAUUUUUUAUUCGGGUUUCUGUGGUUUAAUGCUCAUAAGCACAAUUCUUAUUGGCAAAACUUCGGCAAAGAACCAAGCGGAUGAGGAGGCCGAAGGCAGCUCUACACAAUCAUGA